CUUUAUUGUAGACGUUGCAUUGCACUUGUAAACAAUAUUAUUGCAAAAAAGAAAGAUGGGUAGUGACUGGGAUGAAAUAAAACGUCUGGCUGCCGACUUCCAAAAGGCGCAGCUCACGUCCACCCUACAGAAGCUAUCUGAACGCAACUGCGUUGAAAUAGUCACGUUGCUUUUACAGAAACAGCUGCUUGAAGUAGUAUUUACUAACGAUGGCAAGGAAUAUAUAACGCCCGAGCAGCUGGAGCGUGAAAUUCUGGACGAACUUUAUUUGAACGGUGGCCGUGUAAAUUUGGUGGAAGUCAGCAAAGCUCUCACCGUUGACCUAUCCCGGAUUGUGGCACUAUCGGAACAUAUUGCGACAGAGAACCCUCACCUCCACUUCAUUCUAGGUCAGCUUAUAGAUGAGGACUAUAUCACGCAUAUAGCGCAGGAAAUUAACGAAAAGCUUGCUCAACGUGGCGAAAUUUCCAUAUCCGAUCUGACGUCACAAUUCGAUUUGCCAUCUGACUUUCUGCUGCAUGACGUAGUGGAGAAACACUUAGGCAAAAUAAUCAAGGGCCGUCAGGAUGCGACAAAUCCGCGCGUCUUCUUUACACAGGCAUACAUUCAGCGCAGCAAGGCGAAAAUUCGUGGUGCAUUAGCCGCCAUUACCCAGCCCACAAACGUGGCAACUAUAUUGCAGCAAAUCAAUGUGCAGGAGAAAAUCUUCCACUCGCUGUUAGACGAGAUAGUUCCCGCUGGCCAGGUUACGUCCAAACUGACCAAUGCUCAAUAUGUGCCACACAUUUACGCCAAGACACAAGCGGAUUGGGUCAAUUCUUUUUACAAGCAAAACAGCUUUCUGGAAUACGAUGCCAUUAACAAGCUGGGCAUUACUGAUGCCAAACAAUAUAUACGCAAGCAAUUUCCGAACGAGGAAUUUCUUUUCCUUAAGCGUGUGGCGCUUGGGGCACGUCUAAUUGAGUUGACGGUCGUGACAGCCCUCAAUGAAUGUAGUGCAACCAAAAACUAUCUGGAUUUGUCUACGACCCUGCCGUCCAAUUUGUCCAACGACGAUAUUGAGGAGGUGUUCAACGUUAUAAUGGGUCAAAAACAUACGAAUCCCAGUAACUUCGUAUACCUCGAGAGCAUUGUUUUCUCACAACCGUACCUUACUCAAUUGAUGGAACCUUGCUUCGGAAUGGCUCAUGUGCAGGCCAAGGCAGCAAUUGAUAACGGUGUCUAUCAGCAAUUCAUAGUAGAGAAAACAUUGGCACACAAGGGUAACACAUCGAGCGCAGCGGGGCUUGAUGAUGAUGCCAAAGUAGAUAAACGUGAUGAGCGCCGGAAGAAAGCAGCGUCUGGCAAAGCGGGGGGUGGCGCUCAAGGCCGAGAGACUAAAACCAAAUCAACUAAGAAACACCAUCGCGGAGGUGGACGAUCGGCUGCUCAUAAUGAGAGCAGUGAUGAUGAGGAGAUGCAACAUACGCGCACCGGUGGAAACUCCUCCAAAGUCAAGUCAUUGGAGUUGGUUAAGAUGGCAGACAUUUUGAAGCUCAUCUUGCCGUCAUUGGAGGAGGAGGGCCUCGACCACUUGGCCAAAUCUAUUGCAGCGCUUUAUUUUAAUCAACUCAACCAAGCUGCCUUGGUCAAGGCUCAGGAACUCUUUGAAGCAACACCACAAACAAAUCGCCGCCAGACGCAUGCAGCAAUUCAGGAGCGUGUCAACACUUUGCUUGGGGACAUACGUCUCUAUGAGAAGGGUCUGAAACUAUUCCCCCAGGAAACGCAAGUGCAACUGGUCAAAUAUUUGCUCAAAUCUUUAGGCAAUGAUAUAUGCAAUGAAUUGUCACUCUAUGUGGCUAACGAAUGCAAUUUAACUGUCAAAAAUCCUAACUUGAAUUUCGAUCAACGCAAUAAACUGGCACAGGAAUGUGAUGCUGCCUAUAGAAAUGCCUUGUUAGAACAAAACAAAGCCUUAAACAAAACUAUCGAUGAUUUUGAAUUGGCAACAGAGGCGGUAUUAAAAGCUUGCAGCAUGAUUGUUAAAAAAAUUGAUAAGAAAAAGGAUCGUCAAUUGAUUGUACAACACAAGGAAAAACUGCAGCAACAGUUGCGGGAGUGUAACGAUUCCGCCUUGGUCCUUCAUUUAACUGCAUUGAUACUGUUUACCACAAUCAGCGGUUGCAUUUUGCAUGCAUCGGGAAAAUUUGUUUCGGUUAUAUUGAGUUAUAUACGUAGCAGCUUGACUGACCCGCAGAAUGCGCUUCUCCAGCGCUAUUAUGAUCUGGUGCUUCAAGUACUGCAAACUACCUCCGAUAGUGACGAAUUAAAAACUGCAAACGAACAAUUGGAAACCCUCAAAUCUGAAGUUGUUGAACUGGCGCUGCAUUUUGAACGCUCAUCCGUAUCGAAAGUGGAUUAAUGAUAAACUAAAUUUGACUGUUGACCUUACAAAACCUGCUGCGUGUUGAAGUGUUAGAACUUUUAAUUUGUUUUUAUAUUGGCGUAUGGUUAUGGUUUGAUUUUCCAAUGCAUUUUGAUAUGCACUUGCUUAACAUCAAUUACUAAAUACAAUCGAUAAAAUUACAAAAAGUACGCGCCUUAUAUAAUGCUAUUGAGUAAUUGGGAAUAAAGUUUUACAUAUGAGCAUCCGA